ACACCAUCUCAGACUCUGGCCGUAAUACCACUUCUUAUAUUAUGUUUAGUUUCUCGAUUGCUCUUCGACAGCAUACACACAUUGCUCUGCGAUAAAUAUUGAUCGAGCUUUAAGUUUGUCUCAUCAUCCAUUUGUUCCUAUUUUUGCGAUUUAUUGGAUGCGCGCGCGAUCUUUUCAGCUCUCCGUGGCACCGGAUGGGUGAAUGUGCGCCUCCAGAUUGCAAAUAGUGGUGGUCUCAACUAGCUCUUGCCGAUGGUGUUUGCUGCCAACUCCGAAGGGGCCCCACUCAGUCCGUAGUAAACCAUCGGUGUGCACGGUGGAGGUGCUUUUUGGGUGUUGUGUGUGCGCGCGCGAUUUUCGCGAAGAAUUCCCAAACAGUGGUGCUUUGAAACUCUCGCAAGUGAUUGUGCGAAGGAAAAUAUUUGUUUGUUUUUUUUGCAAAUUAAAGGAUUAAAAUGGUGAACAAACAGUACAACGUUCAAGCUGGUAAAGCGACAAAACCGAAAAAUUACUCACCACCACCCAAAAGGGAUUUAAGUGCUAUUUCAACUGUGCCAAAUCCACAAUUAAAUAAUUUAGAUCCCGACAUUGAGCCACAAAAUUUCUCAAAUGCCUUCUUCAAGAACAUCACCGAGGAUUAUUCUCAGUGUCCCGGUGAAGAAUUAAAUAAAUGUGACGGUGUGAGUGUUAAGGAUCUCUCAAUUGGAGAUAUUGGAAGAUUUCAAUACAUCCUUCAGAUGGAUAAAGAAAUGGGAUCACAUCCAGACACCCUCUACAGAAUACCCACCAACAGACCCACAAAUUCAUCGAGCACAUCAUCAUCAAAUUCCAUUGGUAGCACAUUGCACAACAUUAGCUUCUGGAAGGCAACCGGGAGUCAAACACCAAUUGCAUCCACAUCAUCCACUCGCCGGAGAUGGAGUCACAUUUCAAGCAUCUCCAGCAAAUGCUGGCAAUACAUCAAAUGGCCACUGGCGCUCCUAUUUAUAUGUGGAAUUCUAGGAGUAGUUGUAUACUAUGUAGUUAUCGAGAGCGAGUUAAAUAGCAAUCUUGCGAAUGAGAUUCAUGGUGCCUCACUGGGUGAUGUGUCGUUAGAAUCAGACCUCACGGUGGAUUUCAAUGAUCUGGAUAAAUUAAGUGAGGAACGUGUAAAGCCGGGCAUAAUAAAUGGCCAUGCGAAUACAUUCAAUGCCACCGAUCUUGCCACAACACUCAAUCAAACCACAGAGGAGCUACUGGAAGUCAUCAAGGGGCCGGAUUUGGCCAAUCGCUUGAAUGAUGAUUCAGAAGUUUUUGCGAUUUUCGUGAAAAAACCCUCAAGUACAACGGAGAGUGCAUCAUCGGUGGAAAAUGUUACAAAUGACACCGUGAGGCCCACAACAGUAAGACAGAGCGCAGAUGCAGCUGCAACGGAGCGGACGAAUCCAACGAAAUUAGUUGUACCCACGCGGGAGACGCUGCAACAGUAUGGAUUCACAUCGGGGCAUCAGAAUAACUUUGGUAUACCCAUUGAGGAGGACGAGAGGAUUCUCGGUAUUCUCAAUGCGGAACUCAUAAAGAAUCAAAAUGGAAGCGCAUCACAUUCCUCCACAACUGAUGCCAGUAUCUAUCGCACCAGGGUCUCCCCAACGCUGCCCAUCAUCUCCAAAGUAGAUCAUACGACAGAAGGUGUGAAGAAUAAUGGCAGUGAUGAUGGAAUUUGCAAGUCAACAUCCCUCCCCCUUUGCCGAGGCGUUCUUCCGUAUGAUCUAACAUCACUCAAUCGGAAGCAACUGAAUCAAGUUGAAUUGGAUCAUCUGCAGUACCUCAUUGAGGCACACUGUUCAAUCCGUGCUGCGGAAUUUGUCUGCACAGUCCUUGAGCCAGAGUGUCGCCCAGCAAAAAUGGGAAAUCCCCUGGAGCCGUGCAAGAGGAUCUGCAAAUCCAUUCUGGAGGCAUGCAGCCAUGUUAUUGCUAGUUCAGAAAUUCUCACCACCAUGUUCGAUUGCGACAGCUAUCCGGAUUCAUUGGAUCGCAACGUGUGCGAAGAUCCGACAAGACGUGGGAAAUGCUACAAGAACGAAUUCAAAUGCUUGGACUCAACGUGCAUCCCACUCCAAUGGAAAUGUGACAACAUUAAAGAUUGCGCCGAUGGAGAUGAUGAAGAAAAUUGCAAAUUUUGCGAAACCAACGAAUUUCGAUGUGUGUCAAAUGAGAAGUGCAUCCCGGAUAAAUGGCGAUGUGAUCACUACAAAGAUUGCCCGGAUGAUUCAGAUGAGAUGGAUUGUGAGGAAGAUGAGGAUGCAAGAAGCUUCCCACUGUCCUAUGGGAAUGCCAGGGUUUAUCCUUUCGUGCAUCAACAGGCUCCAAAUAGUCCCAACAGCCGUCCCUACUUGACAAUCUCCGGAGAUGAUCGCCUUGCCGGUGAAGUGACCAAAUCUCGAGCUGCUGAUGAGGAAAAGGACAUCUAUGCCUUCUCGGAUGAUGAUCACUUUGAGAGAACCAUACCAAAUACCACCCUCCUCCCAGAUGCAAAAGCAAAUGAAAGUGACAACGAUGAAAUUCAAAGUGAAGCAGCUUCCGGGCGAGCUGUUCAGUACUCCAAGAGUCUCGCUAACUUCCAAGACAGCAAAGAGAUAAUGAUGACAAGUGAUUCUGAAGCAGACUACAAGUACUCAAGUACGGAUCGUGUUACACUGAGAACAGCCCACAUAUCACCAUGCCCGGAAGGGGAACUUCGCUGUAUCAGUGGUAGAUGUAUCUCUGUGAAUCAAUUGUGCGACAAGAUCACGGACUGCCCAGACGGUGCCGAUGAAGCGAUGUGUGUCUACAAGAAUUAAAAAAAAGCCCAUCCAACGCAACUCAAGAGGGAAUUAAAUUGUCGCUGAAAAAUCUUUUACAAACACCUCUUCAAAAUAACCACAAAGAGUGGAUUUCCUGUCAACAUUUCUUUCAUCCCAUUGACCAUUCAUGAUGGAGUAUUAUUACCAUUAAUGACAAGAAACAAAAAAAAACUACAAACUUUUCCUUAAUCUUUAAUUGUGAUAAAAAAAAGUAGGAUCUUAGCCAUAAAUUCACUCUUAUUUCUAUAACAAAUAAAAUGCGCUAUCAAUCUUUUACCAUCUCAAAAAAAAAGUCAGAAAAGGGUUUAGAAGAAAGCUCCAAAUAUCAUAUUUCUCAGAGGGAUAGAGCAAAAUGUUUAGAUCAUAGUUAGAAGAAAGUUUCCAGCAUACAUCUCUUGCUGCUCUACUUUCGUUAAGAAUGAUAUUUUAGCUUUUUUUCUAUAACCCUUAUUUGAUCUUUUAGGGCCCAAUCCCUGCAAAUUAUACCAUUUAAUGUGAAAAAGUAUUUUAAUUCUUUGAGAAAAAUCCAUAAAGUCUUUCGUUGAAAAGUAUUUUAGGGAAAAAAAACUUUAUUUUCUAAUGAAGAAGAAAAAUUGAUGUUGUUUUCAAUUGUUGUUUUUUUAAUUUGUUGAAAAUCUAAGAAAAAAUUCCAUUCAAUUUGGCAUUAUUUAAUUAAAAUAGUGAUCUAUAUUUCUAUAGAUAUUACACUUUUACACCAAACCAAAACAUCUCAAUUAUUCUUUUAAGAAAUUAUAGAAAGCUUUGAGAGCUUUCUAAAAGAAUUCUGUAUAGCACAGCUUUGUAGAAAAGGAGUCUAUUCACAUUUAUUCAUGAAAUUAAUUUUAAUUUGAACAUAAAUUUCUAAGGAAAUGUAAAGAAAAUUUAAUUUUUUUUUACAAACAUCCAAAAAUUCUUUUCAUUUUCUAUUUUCUAAUGAAAUCAAUUGAAAAAAAUCUUAUUUUCAUUUUACGCAAUAAUGCUCUCCUUGACGUAUUUUUUGCAAUUUUCUCUUUGAUUUUAGAACUUUCCUGUAACAUUCAAAUUGGGAAAAUCUAUAGGGUAUGCUAAUAGCACGCCUAAUUAACAAAAAUUCCCAAUAUUGACUCAAAAUGAUAAUUGGAAAUACAUUAAAUGGAACAUUUUGCUGUAAAAAGGCACAUGAAGCAUAUGCAUCAUUGCUUUAAGGAUUUUUUCUCCAUAAAAAUAUCAAACUGCUUAAUUUUAUUGCAGGAUAAGAAGUUUUUUUUUUUUUUUUAAAUAUUUUUUUAUUGAAAAAUACUUUUUAAAAGAAUUAAUGGAUCACUAUUUUUUCAAUGCAUUCUGAGAGACUUUUCUUUUGAUUAAGAAUUAAUUUUGAAGAUUUUUCAACAAAAAAAAAAGAUCUGAUUUUAUUUACAACAAAAAGAAAAACUCAAAUGACAAAAAAUGUAUAAAAUAAUGUAAUUUUUAGUGAAAUAAAUAAGAUAAUUUUGUAUAGAUAUGGAAAA